UUUUUUUUUCUUCAUUGAACAGAUGCAACAAAGUUUGAUUUCACCUGAUAUUCAGAUUCGAAAACGUUCUGCUGAAAAUGACUCCAUCAAUAACCACAUCAAAAAAAAGAGACCCUUUGAUCGCAAUAUGCCACCCAAAAUUGAAGCCUACAUUCCUGAAUCGAAACUAUAUACAGAGUUAUGUGAAUUUGAAAAGAACUUGGAUGUGGCUAUCAUGAGAAAACGUUUAGAUAUUCAAGAAGCCUUUGGUAAACCACCUCAUGUGCGUCGUACGCUACGUAUCUUUGUUUCCAAUACAGCAGCAGAUCAACCGUCUCAAUCAGAAGAUGCAAACAACUUUGAAUCCAAUGACGAUAAUGCACCCUCUUGGACACUCAAGAUCGAAGGAAGAUUGUUGGAUCCUUUGAUUCCUACCAAAAAAGCACAGCCUAUUCAAAAGUUUACUUCGUUUUUCAAGUCCAUCAUAGUAGAAUUAGACAGAGACCCUGAUCAAUUUCCUCAAGGCAACAUCAUAGAGUGGCAUAAGCAAGCAUCAAGUACAGAUACAGAUGGAAUUGAAAUCAAGCGCAAAGGGGAUAUGAAUGUCAAUGCACGUAUCAUUCUUGUGCCUGAUUUUACUCCUCAGAAAUACAAAGUAAGCCAUGGUUUAUCUGAAAUGAUUGGCAUCAGGUUAAGUACACGAUCAAAUGUGAUGGAUGAAUUAUGGAAAUAUAUCAAGAGAAACAAACUUCAUGAUGAUCAAGAUAAGCGUAUUAUUCAUUGUGACAGUAAAAUGACAGGCUUGUUUGGUGUCUCUCAGACAGAUGCUGCACAAUUACCUAGUCUUGUUCAGUCACAGUUGUCUUUUCCAGACCCUGUUGUGAUAGACUAUACAAUUUGUGUGGAUAAGCAAUUCAAUCAGUCAAAUACUGCUUAUGAUAUGGACGUUGAGUUAGAUAAUGUAGCACGCCAGAGAAUGGCAAAUGCUGUUGCUGC